ACAGAAGCAGUGUCGGUGACAGCGAUCGUACGUAAACAAGAGGCUUCGGUAACACCAGCUUCGGGAUGGCGAGUGUUUUAGGGCAAUUUCUUCGUCGCUCGGGCACUCUUGUCCGUACAUCAUGCACGACGCAAGCAAGAGUAGCAUCAGGAUUACUGCAUAUCCAGCAGCACAGCAGCAGCAGCAGCAGCAGCAGCAGCAUGGUAGAGGAGAGCACCACGCCACCAGAGUCCGGCAGGAUGAGCAAGUCAAUGUUGGCGUACCAGCAGAGAGCAGAGGCACACGAUAAGUUCAUGGUCGAACAGGUAGCAGAAUAUGAGAUUGGGCGUCGUCACCUUGCCAACAUGAUGGGGGAGGACCCAGAGACCUUCACACAGGAAGACAUUAAUGCUGCCAUCCAAUACCUCCUCCCAUCUGGGUUGUUUGAGCCCUCCGCCCGGCCUUCCAUGAAGCAUCCCAGUGAAGUCUUCAUCAAGAAAAAGGCUGCUGAAUUUGAUGCAAGUGGUCGGCCUUUCCACACCUUCUUCUACACUGGAUACCCUGCAUUUUAUGAAGCACUGCAUGAACUGGGAAAGACAAUGAUUUCACUUGAGCAGUUUGCCAACAAAAUGGCUCGACUGAAAGUGGAGAGCGAGACGAGUCAGGCAUUCAACCCUGGAGGCACUGAGUGGAGGUCUAAAGGUGAACUCUCUAAAAUGUUCUUAGAGGAACUGCACAACAAACAUUACGUCUUCUUCAUCCAGUCCAUGAAUCGGCUCCUUGAACACCCGUACUCCUCCCGUGCCGAAGACUUCAUCAUGCGCUUCAGGAAGGUUGUCCUCUCCAGGCAGAGCAAGGAGGAGAUCCCAAAGCUCCUGUACACUGCUGAGGGUGUCCCAUACAUGACUGGCAGUGGAAAAAGGAAACAUGCAGAGGCCACCGUCACUGUCUAUGGCCGUGGCUCUGGAAAGAUUGAGAUCAACGAACAGGACAUAAGGUUCUUCGAGCUGAUCCAAGACAGAGAGCAGGUGGUGUUCCCAUUGCAGUUCACCAAUCUACUGGGUAAGGUGGACCUGGUGGCUAAUGUUACUGGUGCAGGUCUGUCAUCCAGUGCUGGUGCCAUCCGUCUGGCCACUUCCCUGGCUCUGCAGUCUUUUGUUGAUGAACACAUGAGGGAGAAAAUGAGACUUGCUGGCCUGCUCUCCAAGGACUUUAGAAUCAAGGAGAGAAAGAAGCCAGGCCAAAAAGGUGCCAGAGCUAAAUUCACAUGGAAGAAGAGAUAAAAAAUAAAAGAAAAACAGUUGAAAGAAAAACUGAGAAAGAAAAUGUUCAUGAAAAAUAAUAAACAAGAAGUGAUAUAGUGUGGAUGUGAGAAUUACUGAGAGGAAAUGUUAAUGAUAAAAAUUGAUAAGAAAAUUAGCAAAAAUACUGCAGGAAGUGACAAUUAAAAUUAAUUUGUCAUUGUGUUAAUUUAAUACAUUACAAGCAAGAACACAGAAUUUAGCACAAAAUCCUGUAAUUGCAGCUGUGAAACUUCAAAAAUUUAUGAACUCAGUUGAUUUUAAAUAGUAAAAUUAGUGAGUAUAUAAUAAUGCUGCAUCUCAAACAUCACUGAAUAAAUAUCCAGUACUUUCCCCAAGUGUACAAUUGGUAACAAAGCUACUGUUUCUACAAUAUUCUUAAGGGAAAUCCCAGGUUGUCUGUCAGCAGGUAGUGUAAAUAUAUGAGGAGAGGAAGGCGUCUGAGGUGACAAUGGCUAUAAAGGGAUAUCUGUAAAUGCUACCCAUAAUAAAUAUUUGUUGAUAUACUGAU